AUGGGAUAUUAAGCUUACUAGCCUCCAAUAGAUACAAAACAUUAUAGUAAUCUAGCGAUUGUACUAACUUUUAUUGGAUUCUGUUUCCUAUCAUAUUUUGUUAUGUAUUUUGCAAUUUAUAAUUUAGUUACUAAAUUACAUAGAAUAAAUAAUAAAGAUCAUUGGCCAAAGAAUUAUCAGUCGGUUUGUUUGCAUCAUUAUUUUUAUCCUCAGGAACAUUGUUUAGCUUCUUAGCAUUAGGAUUAUUUUUUUGA